UUAUAUCGUGCAUCUGCCUGGUGAUUUCAUUCAAGCAGACGACAUUCCUCGCUGAUAGUCUACACUGAAUUUUCACCUGCAGUUUAUAUGAUCAAUUUUUACGACACACUAUAAGCAAAAGAUUAAAGAAUUAUGACGUCAUCCAGAAUAGAUAAGGAAAUCAGAAUGGUUAUGGUCGGUAAAACAGGCGCGGGAAAAAGCGCGUUGGGUAAUAGCUUGCUGGGAAGACAUCACUUUGAAUCCAGUACUAUUGCAAGGUCUGUCACGUCUAAAUGUAAAUUUGCUCAAGGUAACCUUCGCGAUGGCACCCAGCUCUGCAUCGUCGACACACCAGGAUUAUUCGACACCAGGAAAACUAACGAAGAAAACACGAUGGAAAUAGCUAGGUGCAUCGGUCUGUCUUCACCCGGUCCACACGUCUUUCUCUUUGUCCUCAGCAUCAGCCGAUUCACCAAGGAGGAGCUGGAUACCGUAAAUCAUCUGGUAGCUGUCUUUGGACAGGAUGUCAUCAACCAUGUUGUAAUCGUUUUCACUGGUAAAGAGUCUCUGGCGUUCGAGAAGUUAACAUUGGCCGAUUAUCUACAGACCGCUCCACCGGAGCUCAACGAAUUAGUUCAUCAAUGUCGUUCACGCUGCGCCACAAUAAAUAAUCGUGCAGAUUACGCCGAGCUUCAAGCAGAUGUUGAUGGCAUUAUUAAUAUGGUGAGGAGAACCAUUCAUGACAAUGGCGGGUCUUACUAUACGGGAGAGAUGUACAGGGCGGCAGAAGAGGCACUCAACGAAAAAAUGAGGUUAAUCGACGAAGAAAAGCAUAGAAGGGAAAGAGAACUCCAAAAGAGACACGAAGAACUUGAACAACGGGAAAGAGAAAUCGAAGCGUCUGCUUCCAGGCGAACACAAGAGCAUGAGAACGAGAAGCAGAGACUAGAGGCUGAGUUAGAAGCACUGAAGAAUACCGAUACUCGUCAAGAAGUGCGACAAGAGGUCGAGUCAUCGGACAGUAUUGUUAAACUGAUAAUUAAGACUAUUGGAGAUGUUCUGACAGCCGUGCUGGCUAAAGCUGCUUCUGCUGUAAUAAAAAAAAAGUUGUAAUUCUUGAAUAGACGUACAUAAAAACAAUUUAUAUCCAGAUGUUAAUCAAAGUUUAGCUUGUAUCUUUUUUUAGUUUGCUGUAUUGUAACCUUUUAAUUUGCUUGAUUUGUUAUAUUUUUUUUCUAAACAAUAUUUAUUCACAGAAACUGGAUUGGAGAACAGGCAGAAGCCUAUAGAUCCCCUCUCCAUUUGUUAUAUAAACUUAGUAACAACAUAAACAGUGUUCCUGGGCAGUUAAUUGGUGAUUGAAAUAAUUGAUCCCACAAAGUGAAGUCAAAGAAAGUCAUAGACGAUAGUGUGUGUGUGUGUGAAAUAGCUUUAUGUAACGUCCGCUUCCACCGAGGUGAUAUCGCAGGCAAUAGACGAUAGUGUCUUAUCGAUCUAUACCGAUGCCCAAAAGAAAGUAUACACACUAAAAGAGUGACUAAGUUUUGUUUAGAUUAAAAACAUUUGAUAAAGCAUUACUGAGUUUGUCUCUUGCGUCCAAACUCAACAUUUCUAAGCAAAAUAAAAAUGUGAAACAAAUUGACAUUCUACCCAAAUACCGUAUUCCAUGGAAAAACGACUUUGGUUGAUGCAGCACAAAAUGCACAGUGUACUUUCUUUUGGACAUUAGUAUAUUUAUUGGGUACCACGACUUAACUUUAUCCGUAGUGUCACAAAGUGACUAAAGGCCUAGGCCCUGUUUUGCCUGAUACGCGAAUUCCUUCUCGUAUAUUAAAAAAAAUAAUAAAUGUGUGAAAUAUGAUAUUUAAUGGGUUGUAUCAUCCCAUAAAUUCUUAAUAAGAUAAUGUGAAAUAUAUAAUCCAGUAGUUUAUUUUAUAGUUUAUAAUCCAGUAUGGUUUUUUAAAAGCCCACAUUGAAAUGUGGUCGUAUAUUGUCGUCGCCGCCGUCCUUCGGUCCGUCUGUCCGUCCAUCCGUAAUUGUGGACGCUCUAGAGGCUAAAGUUAAUACCCGAUUGACUUUAAAUUUAUAUACAGUGUUUAAGGUCAUGAGACGAAGAUUCCUGGUGAUUGUCAACGAUUUCCGAUAAUUACUGCCAGAGUUAUGGCCCUUGAUCACUUUUGAAAUAUCUUGUGGCCGCUCUAGUUAAUACCUGAUUGACUUUAAAUUUAUACACAGUGUUUAAGGUCAUCAGAUUCUAGAGACUAAAGUUAAUGUUGGAAUAUUGGAAGCCAAGUGAUUUUCAACGAUUUUUGAUAAUUACUGGCAGAAUUAUGGCCCUUGAUUACUUCAAAAUAUGUUGCGGAUGCUCAGGCUAAAUUCAUCCGAUUAACUUUAGAUUGAUACACAGCUGUGAAGGUCUUGACUCAAAAAGUAUGUUGCUUUUCAGUGAUUUUUGAUAACUUGAACAGCUAAUUCCAUGAUAUUAAAUGUUUGUUUGCUAUACAUUACCUUGGGGCAGAACUAGAAGCCUAAACAAUUCUAAUGAUUUUCUAUUAAUUACUUAAUGAGUUUUUACUCUUAAUCAGGUCAUAGCGUAGGGUAUUAUUAAUACAUCAUUAUCGACAAAAGAAACAAAUAUGCCACAACUCUUGUUGAGUGCCCAGACGACUUUGCUGCUGUGGGCGUAUGUUUCGUUGCCUGGCAACCUAUCUUUAUCGGUUGUAUAACACCAUAAGUUCUUAAUAAUAUAAUAUUAAUGUGUUAAAUAUAAUCCAGUAGGGUAUUGAAUCCAGUAUGAUAUUUUGUGCGUUGUAUCAUUCCAUAAUCUCCUGAAAAGAUAAUACAAAUACAUAGUUUCUUUAUCCUUAAACACAUCGUUGCAAUCGGGUAUGUCCGAUUUUAAGUAUAUUAGAACGGUUCAGUCAUUUGAUGAUUUAAUCUAAAAUUGGUCCUCGAACAACCAGGUCAUUGUUUACAAUCAGUGCACACAUCUUGUCACACUGAUCAGCAGUGAAUAUUCGCUAGUGCGUCAUGAUAGGGAUGACGUCGAUGCGGCUUAAUGAGCUCCAAAUAUUAACUUUUUCCUUCUGCAAAUUAAAAUCUAGAACAUUUUUUUAAGCAUUAGAAAAAUAAAUAAAGGUGUUUGAAGUAUAUGUAGGUAAAAAAAAUGUCCUAUUUAGUGUAAAUGAGUAUGUAAAAUGAGUAAAAGGUAAAAGGCACCAUUCUGCUCGAACCAGUGACGUCUCAUGUAAACAAUGCACACGUCAUUGAACCAAUGAUUGACGCCGCGUGGUGUGGCGUCACAUAAUAAAGCAGAAAUCUUUUACAGAGCUAUUAGUUUUGGCAAUUCAGGCAUUUGGACACAGCUCACCAAAACACCGUCACGAAUGGAGGGUGAAAGUUAUUUUUAGUCUUUCUCUCACCUUCCCUUCCCCCCUUUUGCAUGGUGAUUUUUGUUGACGUUGUAGUUUAGAAUUGAAGAAAAGGGUUUGCAAAUACA